AUGAGCGGCUACCACUUUCCCGCCGUCAUGGUCCGGUGCAAGCGCGCGCCCGCGACGCGCGCCAUCCUCCACUGCCACGCCAACGCGUGCGACAUCGGCCACAUCUACGAACUGUGCCAAAGAGACGCCGAGUGUUGGCAGGCGAACGUGUUACUCGUCGAGUACCCCGGGUACGGCACGUCACCGGGGGUGUCGUACGAGCGGAGCGUGGACAGGCACGUGAUGUGCGCGUACGAGUACCUCGUCAGCGAUCUCGGGUACAAGCCCGAGUCGGUGGUGCUCUUCGGGCGGAGCCUCGGGAGCGGUCCCGUGUGUCGAUUGGCCGCUCGGUUGCAAGACGAGGGCGAGCGCGUGGGCGGCGUCAUACUCCACUCGCCGUUCAUAUCCGUCAGGGAGGUUGGGAUCUCGCUGUUGGGGCAGGUGGCGAACAUCAUCAGCGAUCGGUGGGACAACAGGACGCCGCUGAGCGCGCUGCGAAGCAAGGUGCUCAUCAUCCACGGCGCUUCCGACGAGGUUGUCCCGUUUCGACACGCCGAGGUGCUGCGCGACGUUCGCAAAGCCAACGGUUUGCCGUGCGUGUUUCACCCCACGCAGGGCACGCACAACUACUUCAGCUACUACCGCGAUUACCUGCAACCGGUGGAGAACUUCCUCGGCACCCUGGACACUAA